UUCAUUAUAGGGUUUGGAAGAAAGAGGAAGGGGGCGUAGGGUGUGGAGCAUUGGGGUCAAUGUUGAAAACACCCUUACUCACGCAAACGCAAAACCCUUCUCAGUCUCCACUUUCGUUAUUUUCAUUAUUAUAGUCUAAUCUAAUAAUUCUUUUUCUUUGUUUUUAAUUUUCAUUUUUUCUAUCUCUUCCUUUUUCUCAAGCCGUGGAAUUCAUAGCUCCGAUUCCGAUCUUAUCUUUCUUCCAUUUUUCAAUUUCUCUAACUUCCAAAAUUCCUCAAUUCUUUUCCCCUGUUUUUCAUCUAGGUUUUCAUUUGGGCAGCGAGUUGCUAUGGCCGCCGGUGUUCAAGUUCGAUCUGGAUCAUUUUCCUCUCAGUAUCGAGUAAGCCAAGUCGUCUAUUGUGAUUAUUACGUUUUCAGAUUGAUAGAUUAACGUUUCGAUUACUUGUAUAGAGAAUUAGAUUGGUUCAAACGGUUGAUUAAUUAGUCUGUUCUGUUUGUUGACGAUCGAUUUCCAAUACAAAUUUGGAUAUUCUGGGGAUUUCGAGUGAGCAAUGUCGUUUCAGUAAAACCCCAGAUUCUAGAUUUCGUUACUACUUUAGAUAUAGUACAGAUGAUGGACACUAGGCGGCUUUAAAUCCUGUUAUUCGGUGUGUAUACUCAUGGUUUUGGGUGCUGGAAUUUGAUGUUCUGUGUAAAUUUCUGGAAGUAGUUGCUUCAUCUUGUGCUUCCUAUUUUGGGGAUGGAGCAUCUUCCUGUUGAAGUGAUCGGUAACAUACUUUCCCAGCUCAGAGGUGCCCGAGAUGCAGUGAUCGCUUCGGUAACUUGCAAGAAAUGGAGAGAGGCUUGGCGCAAUCACCUCCACACCCUCUCGUUCGAUUCUCAGGAUUGGCCUGUCUAUCAUGAACUCUCAACCAGCAGAUUAGAAAUUCUUAUAACUCAAACAAUAUUUCAGACGACUGCGCUGCAACAUUUGGCAAUUUCAAUGGAAGAAGUUGAUGAAUUCUCUGCGGCACCUGUGAUGGCUUGGCUCAUGUAUACUAGGGAUACUUUGCGCCAACUGCACUAUAAAGUGAAGACAACCCCAAUCUUCAAUAUUAUCGAGAAGUGUGGUCGACAGAAGCUUGAAGUGCUAGCAUUGGCUCAUAAUUCUAUAACAGGUGUAGAACCCAGUUAUCAGAAGUUCCCUUGCUUAAAGUCACUUUCACUGAGUCAUGUCAGUGUCUCUACAUUGGAUUUGACCCUUCUUUUGACUACUUGUCCUAAACUUGAGAAAUUGGCUCUGAUCAGUCCUGAUAUUGCAAUGUCUGAUAUGGAAGUUAGCAGUUCUUCAUUGAAAGAUAUAUAUGUCGAAGCAAUCAGUUUGGACAAGUUUAUAUUGGAGGCUGACACCCUUGAAGUAAUGCAUUUAAAAGAUUGCACUCUUGAGCUGUUUGAAGUGGUUAGCAAGGGAGCUUUGAGAGUUCUAAGAAUUGAUGAUGUAAGUGUUAUCCAUCUUGAUAUUGGCGAGAAUAUGGAAAAUCUUGAGGUUGUAGACGUCUGCAACUUUACAAUUAUGUGGCCAAAAUUCUACCACAUGAUCUCAAAAUCAUCAAAGUUAAGGAAGCUUCGGCUUUGGGGUGUUGUAUUUGAUGAUGACGACGAGGUAGUGGAUUUAGAGACUAUUUGUAUGUGUUUUCCUAGGUUAAGCCAUCUAUCACUUUGUUAUGAUUUGAAAGAUGGAAUCCUUCAGCAUAGCUUGCAGGGGUCAUCUCAUUUGUUGAAUGUGGUAGUGCUUGAACUUGGAUGGAGUAUAGUUAGUGAAUUUUUCUCUGAGUGGAUGGGAAAACUUCUAGGAAGGUGCCCCAAUUUGAAAAAGUUGAUCAUAUGUGGGGUUGUUUCUGAGGUCAAAAGCCAUGAGGAAUGCCAAACGUUAGCGAACUUUACCUUUUCCGUCGUCCAGUUGAUGAGAAAGUAUAUGCACGUGGAGGUUCAGUUUGAAUAUGAAUAGAAAGUUUGUGGAGGUCUCCAAGUCUAUUUGAGAAUUGUAUGAGAUUAUAUCUGCCCCAUAAGGAUUCUGACGAUUCUACUUGUUCCACCGUUCAUAAUUCUGAAAACAUUUCCCUUUCUUUACAAGCAUUCAUUACUUUGAGCAAUUGUCAAUUGCAGUCCUUGUUGACAAAUGACGAACUUCUCUUUUCUUUUUCCACAGGUUCAUUUCUAGAGACUUGCUAGGAUUCUGUAUCUAUCUUCUCUGCUUGUAUAUUUUUCCAAGUCCCCUGAACUCUUUUUUCUUUUCCAUAUAUACUUUAAGCAAAUAGCAUUCCACGUGCUUUUCAUUUAUACAAAUUCCAAAUCAGGAAAUAUGUUUUAAUUA